AACAGGAUAUCUCUAGAAAGAGGUGGCGUGAUACUAGUCACGUGAUCUCACUGACACAACACUAUUUAUGUGUAGAAAAAAUAAGACUUAAGGUACCCUAGAAUGAUGAAACCAUGAGAAAACGUUGAGUUAAUGAGAGUAAUUCUUGAACUCAAGAAAUUUUAAUUUUAAAUAUUCAAAGUUUUUUGUAAUGCUUAUAAGAAUAAAAUUAUGUUAUCUAUACUAGAACAUCAGUUUUUAUUUAAUGAAUUUGUGUGUAUGUCAAGGUUAGUGCAGUUAGUGCCUUUGCCCAAACAUUACGCCGUUAUACUUCGUUAAAUCAUUUGGCUCAAGCUGCUAGAGCUGUCCUGCAGAAUUCAUCUCAGAUAAACCAGAUGUUAGCAGAUCUGAAUCGUGUAGAUUUUCAUAAUGUCCAGGAACAGGCAUCUUGGGUCUGUCAAUGUGAAGAUGAAAUGGUACAACAUCUAGAACAAGACUUCAAGAUGACUCUUCAACAACAAAAUUCUCUUGAACGGUGGGCAGCUUGGUUGGAGGGAGUUGUUAAUUUAGUCCUACAACCCUUUGAGGGACAACCUGAUUUUCCAAAGGCUGCUCGUCAGUUCCUUCUCAAGUGGUCAUUUUAUAGCUCCAUGGUUAUCAGAGAUCUCACUCUUCGUAGUGCUGCUAGCUUUGGUUCUUUUCACUUGAUUCGACUUCUUUAUGAUGAAUACGUGUUCUACCUGAUAGAACACAAGGUUGCCAAGGAUAUGGGAGAAACUCCAAUAGCAGUAAUGGGAGAAUUCAUUGGACUAGGAGUAAAGCUUGAUGUGACAGCCAAGUUUCCAACAGUACGCAGGAACUCCACUGAUGCUGGAGAAAAUGGCUCUUCAGAAGCUUUAACCAGCAUAGAAAUAUUACCCAACAACUCUCCUCUAAGUAGCAGUUGUAGCACUGGAGCCUAUAGCAAUGGGCUGAAGGACUCAUCUUCAAGUUUAACCUCCUUUCAACAUGGUCUUAUUGUACAAAGCCAACUAGACAUCAGUGACAGUUUGUCUGAAGCACCAGACCUUGAAACAACAUUGGCACACAGUAAAAAAACUAAAGACAUGUGACCCUUUGUUAAUUUAGUAUGACUUUAAUAGGAAGGAAUUGGUUCUUAAAUUAAGGCACCUUCCAAAACUGAUUGUCAGGGAAACUUUGAAUACAAAAAGAUAUUCACUCUAGUGCCACACCAAAAGUUACCUUAUUAGAGAUGUAUUUUUCUGCACAGGAUUGUCCUUGGUGCAUUGCAGAUUUUUCAAUUUUGUGCUCUGUUAGUGAGGUUUGUAAUAAAAGUGCCACCUGUUUUACGAAAUUGCAGGAAUAGUAGUGGCAUUUUAAAGUUUGUGUACUGAAUAAAUAUAAAUUUUUGAACUCUUCUUGUAGAUAGAGUGGUGGAAAUUUCUUUGGAAGUUUAUUUGUGCAAUCAUAAGUAACAUUUGGGUAUUACAUAAUAUUGUGACCUCAAUACAAAAUCCCACCUCUCUUGUUUUUCUCACUUGUGUUGCAGAUACAUUGUGCCCCCGGAAAAGUAUGUUUACACUCUUCUCCCCCCCCCCCCUCAAUUUUUGUUUUCAAGUAGGCCUGAUACUAUUAUUUUACUUAAACCACUGAGAUAUGUUUCUUACACUCACUUUUUCUCCCACCAACUGAAAACCAACCCCCUACACAUGACCUCCCCAUUUUCCUAUAUACUAAUUUUGCAAUUCCAAAUAUCACCUGUACUGUAAUGUUAAUACCAUAUCGGUUGUAAUGAAGGCUUUUGAGAUCUUGAAGCAACAGUCUUGUACGUGGUUGGGUUACAUAUCAGAACAAAUAAAAUGUAUUUACCAUGUUUAGCAGAUUUAGCAUUCAAUGAAUGUUGUUUAUGGUAUGAAGUUAAUACUGUAGAUGUUUUUUAACUGUCCACAUGGAUAUGGUGAUUGUCUUUAUGUUGUUGAUGCCAAAGAGGUCACUGAGAUAUAAUGUUGAUGAAAUUAAAGCAUUGUUUAGCCACUACCAACAGUCAUAAAUUAUGAAUUUUUAUUUCAAAUGUUUUGUCUAAAUGUAAAUACAUAAUUGUUAUAAUGUUUUUCAUGUUGUUUGUAACAAGCAAUUGAUUUAGAACUUGAGGGCUUUCAGUUUGUCAAGCAGCCUUGAUCUAGUUGAAUUUUGAUCAUUUAGUCAGAAGAACAGUUCACUAAUCAGAAUAAAUUAAUAGUCACAGAAAAUAAUAUCAAGAAAUGUAUUUCUAUGAUGAGAGUUUAUUUUUAUAGGAGCCAAUAAACUUUAGGUGCACAACAGGCAAAUGAGCCAUAAUCACAACUAAAGUGAAUGCAACGGAAAUAAAAGUUCACAAUGUCAUGCACUCAGGUUUCUUGCACUUAAGUUUAUACAACCUAUUGUUUUUAAGUGUUUUAUUUUCAUUUUGUUUGAUAUACACAAGUUAAUUAUUAUCUUAAAGAACUAUAUACCUGUCUUUAAGUUGAAAGAUUCAUCCAUUUCAGAAUGUGAAACAGGGUUUAUAUCCAUGUUUAUCAUUAGAGACGAUAAAUACUUAUGGAUAUAACCUGUUGUGCCUUCUGAAGUAAAUUAAAUAAAUUUUCUGAUUAAAAGAACAACGACUGUGGUUUUUUAACUGAGUUUUUUUUUACUGUGAUCUUCUAAUUCACAAAUAUACUUCAAUAUUAAUAUUAUCCUUGGACUUUUUUCUUUCCAAAGAUUUACAGUUAAUUUACAAACUAAGCCUUAAUACUUUCACUAGUUAUAAUUUCGAAAUAAUUUAAGAAAGAUUUAAAAAGAUUAAGCACUACCUAGUCUCAAACUUUAAUGAAAUUAUUAAUUUCCAUUUUCUUUUAAGUAUUUGAUUUGAAAACAAUAUAAUAUUUUUAUUUUUCAAAAUAUGUAGUAGACAAAUGUGACAAAAUAAGCUCUUUUUCUAAAGAUUAUUGUUUCAAUUGAAGAUAUGUUGAACUCCUUAAGGAAAACAACUAAUAAAAGUGCAACUUAUAAUUAUUUACAAGUAAUACCUUUAAUAUUUUAUACUAAAACUUCUUGGGUAAGUUAGAAGGAUAUGUGAAGAUGAGUGAGUAUGAUGUUCAUCAAUACUCUGUUGUCUAACUGUGUGGUUACCAACUGAGGACCAGCUAGUUCUGAUCCCAAAUUUUCAUGGUUUGUUCCAUACCUUAUUAACUUUUUAAAUUAUAUUUUCAAAACAGUAUACUUCAGUCGCUAUAUUCUGGAACACACACAUUUUGGUUUUCAGUCAUCUGAAGUCUCCCCAUGGAUCAGAACCAGUCCAGAACUGCCUAUUGAGAACCUCUGGUGUAACCUGUUAUUUUUUUAAGAUUAAGAAGACAACUAACUCAGUAUUGGAGCACUAACACUGUAACUAAACAGCAUAUUAAUUGAUAAAUAAAUAUCAUGCUGGUGGAGUGCAAAUCAAGUUAAUGUUUAUUUCAGUGAAAUAUUUAAAGUAUUUACCUUAUUAAUGAAUCAUCUUACUUUUGUUUUAUGUUCAGGGUGUUAUUUUUCAUUUGAAUUUGUGAUAAUCUUUGCAAGAGCUUUGGGCAUUUUUUGGUUAAUACCAUCAUACAGUCAGUUGAUUGUAUUGAUUUUUAUAAAAGUUCUUUUAGAACUCUGGCACUGUUGAUGUAAAGUGUAGAUACAGUUGUGCCAUAUACAUAUGUUUAUUACCAUUAACUGAAAUAAUUAUAUGAAUUUUCCCUAUUUUUUUGUGUAUUCUUGAAACCAUUGAAGCUGUACUUCAGCUUAAUACAUCAGAACUGUAAAAAGUGGUGUAAAAUUCAUUUUGUUAGUUGUUUUUUUUGUAACUAUAUAAAUAUAAAAAUCUGGAACUAAUUAAUUUAUCUAAAAGAAUUGUCUAUUCUGGGCAAAUGUAACAUUAUUUUAAAAAAUUAAAUAGAUUUCCCAGGGUUUUUCUGCACCUCUUGUCAACAUAAUUGUAUGUGUCCCAUGUAAGAUUAAGACAGAUGAUUGUAAUGUUUUUCAAUUAUUUGUUGAUUAAUGCUCCUAAGGGAGACAUAUCAAAUGAAAAAACAACAAAGAAUUUUUAACAAAUUUUUGGAGUUCAAGUACCACUAGAUUUGCAGUUUUUAAUAAUACAUUUGUAAUGGUGUUACAAUGUAGCUAACACAGUGUAAAAAAUAUAUUAAACUAAUUAACAGGAUGUAGUUAAAACUGAUGAAGUUUUUAAAAGUCAUUUAAAGAAUAUGGUUAAAAUAAAUGUGCUGUUUAUCAA